AUGUUCAUCCGAUAUUCCACAACCUUUAAGCAAUCUUGUGAUUCCUUCGUUUGUAUAGCACGUAAACUUAUUUGGUGCAAUCAAAAGGAAGUUGCUGAGCUUUUGCUAGGAGCAUGUGUACACCCUAACUGGCUUUCAUCAGUUAUUCAAGUUCGUCCUAGAAAUGGUUCUAUUAUUUUUUAUCGACGAGAAUUGGCCACCGUAGCACGUAAACAAGAUGGUUAUUUAUGGAAAAAGAAACCAAAUCGACGUACUACUAAAGAAGUUCACAUGGUCCUUAAAGUUCAAGGGAUCGAGUGUAUUAUCGCCAACUAUGCACAUUCCGCUUUAAUCUCUACGUUUCAUCGACGAACCUAUUCAUUAAGAUUUAAUCCUUCUAUUGUAUUAUUUCAUUAUUUGAAUGUACCCUUAUUAACUCAUGAGAAUAAACUUUGUUUACCAUUACCUAAUCUAAGUGAAAAUGAUCGUAAUGAAUUAACUUAUGCUCAACUUGUUGAACAGUUAGUGAAUAUGUUUAAUAAUUUCCCAAAACAUAUCAUGAAGCCUGGUGUUGACCAAAUUCUAAAUUUCGAUUUAAAUUUCUCUAAUUUAAUUCAGAUUCUGAGUGAUCAUAUUUGGAAUUCAUCAGUGAAUCCGAAUUCCCCUCCAUCAUCGUCAUUAUCAUUUCUAUCUGAUAAUUCAUAUAGAAACAUAACAAGUAGCAGUGUUGUGAAGAAUAUGUCUUCACUACAAUCUGAUAUAAAUCAUCGUCAUCAUCAUCAUCAUCCGCACACAGCUGUAUUUCUCCUUAUCACGCCCAAAUUAAAUGAUAAUUAUCAGACAAAUUUGGAAUUAGUCUUUUCGAAUAACAAGUCUUGUCGAACAAAUCCUCAUACGCGAAAUAUUCGCGGAUAUCAGUUUUCAGAUAUAAUUAAUAACAAUAAUAAUGAAAAUAAUGAUUAUUACAUUCCAUUCAUAUUCUCCUCUACAAAACCAAUAAAUAGAUGUUGUCAAAACAAUGAAACUUCUAAUUAUGAUAAUAACAAUAAUAUUAACUCAAAAAAUAAUGAUAAUAAUCCAGACAGGGAAGUAGAGGCAAGUUCUACUGUGAACCAGUUAUUGUUUCCUGAUGAUAAUAAUAAUAAUAGUGCAGAAUCUAAUAAUUUGCUAUCUAAUGUUGUAAUUAAUUGGGCUAAUGAUUAUCCCUAUUCAUUAUCACUAACAAUGAAUAACUUUGAAAAUUUUAACACAACAAAAAGCAUCGAGUCAAAUGAUAGUUCUGAUCAUCAAAAUAUCAAUGAUGUUGUUAAUCAUAAUCAUCAGUAUGUUAAUACUGAUGGUAGCACACAUUCCAAUGAUAACAUCACCACUACUUCUACUAUUACUGCUAAUAAUGGUAAUAAUGAUUAUUUUCAUACUAAUGAAGAAGAAGUAGUAAUAGUAGAAGAUCCAACUAGAAUAACACCCAUUGAAAUAGGUUAUUCUGAUGAAUUAAUAAAUUUCACUGAUUUAAUCAUCACAUCAACAUCAACACCUUCACCAUUUAUCUCAACUUAUACUGAUGAAGACUUAGGACUUUUAUCAAAUGAAUUAAUUACUGAUAAUAAUCUACUUGUAAAUGAUUUUACAGCGAUAACAACCACAACAACUGCAAUAAGACCCACUAGUAAAAUAAUCAAUAAUGACUGUAAUGAUUGUUGCUGUGUAACAGAACAGCAUCAAUCUAAUCAUAAAUUCUUUUCAAAAGAACAUGUUUCCAGUGAGUUGUCGUCUAGUAAUUUCAAUGUUCAUACAAUAACUAAUAAUGGUAGAUAUGCUGUACAAAUUAAUCAUGUUAAUAUCGAUAAAGAAGUGAUAAAAAACAAUCGGUUCAAUAAUCCUAUCAGUGAAAUUGAUGAUAAUUUGAAUCUUGAAACUUGUAAGAAUAUCUACUCACCCAAUCAUCGUUUACCUCUGAUAACAAAUGUGUAUGAACCUGAAAAAAACGAAAGUUUUGAAAGCGCACAAUUUAAUUGCCAGCAAGAUGAUGCUGCUUGUAAUCCAUUCAUAUUUGAUGGAGGAUACUCAGAGUACAGUUUUGGUCGGUGCAAUAAUAUAGAUUUGCUCAAAUUAAAGCUCUCAGAUGAUCUAUUACGUUGGAUAGUGUUUAUUCGCUUUAGUUCAUUAGCACCGGGUAUUCAUUUAUCCAUUGACAUUGAAGAUGAAUUCAUUUUAUUACCAAAUCAUAAAUCUAGAAUAUUUAGCAAGUCAUUUGAUGAAUCUAAUUAUAAUAGUACAUCAAUUACGUCGAAACAUAUGGAUGAUAUACAUUCUGACAAUGUUUCGAAUUCAAUGCUUAUAAAUUAUUUAACAAGUAACUUUGAUGAAUAUCCUAAGUUGAAUAUACCACUACGACAUGAUCAAUGUGCAGAUAAAUUGGAAAUGUAUUUAAUUCUACAACUAGUCGAAUGGAUGAAGAAAACAGAUAAUAUUAGUAAUAAUAAUAGUGAUAGAACAAAUCAAAGUUCUGUCAGUUACUUAUUAGAAGCUGAAAAUGAAUUUGAUGAGUUCAAUAUUCAACAAUUACAAGAACAAAUGACUUCAUUGAAGAUAGAUAUUUCUCUUUUAAGUUGUGCAGCUGCUUGGGAUCACUGUGGUACAACUUUACAGUCAGAUGUCGAUACAGAUUUAUCUAGGAUCUUAUCUCUUUUACAUGAUUUGACCCCAAAUAAUUCCCCUCCCUUGCUUAUCCAACACUCACACCAUUGGGUUCAGCUAUUCUUAUGGGAUCCAGAUGCUCUUCAUAAACCUUGUUUAUAUAAUUCAUUAUCAUCGUGUUCAAAAUUGGGUGAUGAGUUUACGCCAGAAAAAUUAGCAUUGGUUAUCAAAAGUGAAUCUAUGCAAAAGUGUAUUGAACAAUUAGAAGUACAAUAUUUUUCAUCAAAUGCACAAAAUUAUGCAACAGAUACUGUUAGAACUAAAUUAGAAAGACUUAUUAAUUAUACGGAAACAUUUACACUACCAAAGCAUAUUGAUCUAACGGAAAUUGAUGUUAAUACAAAACCGUCAUCAUUUACUCACUCAUUGUUAUAUACACAAUCGAAUAUGAUUAAGUUAGACUAUUCAAAGCAAAAUUAUAGUCUAGACGUAUCUAUUGAUGAUGAUGAUAUUCCAGGAGAAGAAUCACUUUAUCACUCCACAUCGUUACAUAAUAUCUCUAGUACAAGUUAUCAUUCAAAAAUUUUAAAGUCUUUACCAACACCAGCAACCAAUCAGUUUGUAGAUAAUUCAGAUAAUUUUAAAUAUGCAAUCGAGAAUAACAAUAAUUCGUUUGAUACUUAUCAUCAACUUUAUGAGGAUGACAUUACUUUGAAUUCAAAUAUAAAACGUAAAAAUAUAUGUACCUGGCGUAAACAAACAUACAAUCGACGUCAGCAUUGUCAUAAUGGUCGUUUAGAUUCAACUUCUCUUUAUGCUACUGACAGAAUAAUUGAAGCUAUGCCUAGGCGUAUUGUUAAUCUUCAUAAUCAAAAUUGUGAUGAUCUGCUAUCAACCCAUGUAGAUUAUGAUAAUAAUUAUAAUGGUGAGGAGUCCCAUUCUUCUUCUAUCCAGUUUUCUGAUUCAGCUUUAGGUGAAAGUAUUGCUUUGAGUCGAGCACCAGUUGACCAACUCAAAUCACAUUCUUCAUUUUUGCAUUAUGAACCAUUCACUUUAGCCACUAAUACUAAUUAUAUUACUAAUCCUAUUCAGUUAACAAAUAAUGAUGAUACAAACAAAUAUUCAGUUAAAACCUUUCCAAAUAUAACAACAAAAUCAUUUAGUAAUAAUCAUAAAAAUAAUAAAUCAAUUGGUUCAUUUAAUUCACUUCCAUCGAAACGACCUUAUCGUGAUAAAUAUUUGACAUUAUAUAACAGUUUUAGAUAUCGUGGUGUUGGCAUCGAUGAUUAUCCAGAGAAUAAAGUGAAUCAUCAGUUAAAAAGUGCUUUACUUAGUUUUCAUGAACCUUUGAGAAGAAGAUCAUAUUUUACUCCUCCUAUUCAAAAAAAUAAAAGUAAAUUGAAAACUUUCAAUGAUGAUGAUGAAAUCAGUGUUGAAUUGAAUUCUCAUGAAACUGGAGUUAUCACGUCAAAUUCAAUGUUCGAUACACCUUUUAGUUCUACUAGUUUUAUGAGUUCAGAUUUAAAUAAUGAAAAUGAUUAUGAUGUACUUCGAUAUGAUCGUCAAGGGAAAUCAUUAAGCGCUUUCAGUUUAAAUAGUCCACCACCGUCUACAGCACAAAUUGCUGAACAUUUUAAUGCAGUACCAGGAAAAUUUAUGGAAACUGACUUAAGUAGAUUAACUCUAUCGGAUAUGGAACAGAAACGUUUAUACGAAGCAGCCAAAAUUAUACAGAAAUAUUAUCGAGCUUAUAAAAAACACAAUCAGUCGGCGAUUAUUCAAAAUAAUAAUAAGAAAUUGUCCAAUACAUUUAUACCUAAUCAUGUUUUAUGCUCUUCAUCAAACCAUGAUUAUACUACUGAAACAGGUUUAAAUACUUGUGAUAAAUCCUUAUCCAAUAAUAAUGCUUAUUCAAAAAGUGUGUGUGAUGUUAACAACACGCAUCAGAUUGUACACCAACUUCAGCAGAAUAGCAACACUGUCAUCUCUCUAACUGAUAAACAAGAAUGGAAUAAUGAUGUUUUACUGGGUUUCGAAAAUGAUACAUCUGUAGGCCUUGAAGUGGAAAUAGAAACAUCAUACGAUAAUACAAUAACCAAUGAUAAUGGUAAUUCAUAUCAAGUUCAGUCUAUUCAGUCUGGUCAAUUGUCUUUACCUGGAGAAACAAAUUCCAAUUGUUGUUUGAAAACAACAACUAACUUUUCCAAUUGUAUCUCAACUUCAAUACAAUCAUUGAAUUCACCACAACCAUCAAUGACUUCAUCAUCCAGUGGGCCAUGUAAUAAAGAAAUUGAGGCUGCAAUUAUUAUUCAAAGUUAUUAUAGACGUUAUAAACAGUAUGCAUAUUAUAAACGAUUAUGUCAAGCUGCACUUUUAAUUCAAAAUCGAUAUCGCUGGUAUGUAAAUCGAAAGAAGAAUGGUAAUAGCGGAGGAGUUUCAGCUGGUCCUAAACUUAGAAAACCUAGAUCAAGUCAAUGUAAUAAUCCACGAUACAGGUCAGUAUGUACACGAAAACCAAAGGUGAAUAAUAACACAGGUGGUGAAGUAAAUAUUGGAUUUCCGGAUGCAUAA